GCGUGCAAUAUGUGAGAUAUGCGGGGAUUGGAGUAUUUGAGGGGAAGCUAGGGGCCCCGAUUCAAAAACCCUUAAAAAGGGAAACAUUAAUUUUCUCGUAAUAACAAAAUUGGCUCCAAGGGCUAGGGUUUCCUCCCACCUUGACCUGUUUCUAAAACCCUUCUCCUCGCCAUCCCCUUCUCACAUCCCCAUCUACCUCUUCUCAGAGCAAGAAGCCACAGAGGGGGGGACGAAGCGAUGCUGGACAUCAACCUUUUCAGGGCGGAGAAGGGGUUCGAUCCCGAGAUCGUCCGCGAGUCGCAGCGCCGCCGCUUCGCCAGCGUCGACAUCGUCGACGAGAUCAUCCGCCUCGACAAGGAAUGGCGCCAACGUCAAUUCGAGCUCGAGAGUCUAAGGAAGGACUUCAAUCGCAUCAACAAGGAGGUCGCCCGCCUCAAGAUCGCAAAGGAAGAUGCGACGGAAAUGAUAAAGAGCACAGAGGAGAACAAGAAGCUGACCGCCGCGAAGGAGGUCGAGGUCCAGGAAGCCAAGGCCGCGCUGGACGCGAGGGUUGAGACCGUUGGCAACCUCGUCCAUGACUCCGUUCCUAUUAGCAAUGAUGAGGCAAACAAUGCGGUGAUUCGGACAUGGGGGGAGCGGCGGAUGGAGGGGAAGUGGAGGAAUCAUGUUGACCUUGUCAGGCUCCUUGAUAUUGUGGAUAUGGAAAAGGGUGCUGAUGUAGCUGGUGGGAGAGGUUUCUAUUUGAAGGGUGAAGGUGUCCUCUUAAAUAUGGCACUUAUAAGCUUUGGAUUGGCAUUUUUGAGGAAAAGAAACUACCAACCAAUGCAGACUCCUUUUUUCAUGAGAAAGGAUAUAAUGGCAAAAUGCGCUCAGCUGGCCCAAUUUGAUGAGGAACUUUACAAGGUAACAGGUGAAGGGGAUGACAAAUAUCUGAUUGCUACUGCAGAACAGCCAUUGUGUGCUUAUCAUCUAAAUGAUCGAAUUUAUCCUUCUGACUUGCCCGUUCGAUAUGCUGGAUACUCAACCUGCUUCCGGAAAGAAGCUGGUUCACAUGGUAGAGACACAUUGGGCAUUUUCAGGGUCCAUCAGUUUGAAAAAGUAGAGCAAUUCUGUAUCACUAGUCCAAAUAACAAUGACUCGUGGGAGAUGCAUGAGGAAAUGAUAAAAAGUUCUGAGGACUUCUAUAAGGAGCUGAACAUUCCCUAUCAAGUCGUAGCUAUCGUUUCUGGUGCUCUAAAUGAUGCAGCAGCCAAGAAGUACGACUUGGAAGGUUGGUUUCCUGCAUCGCAGACCUACAGGGAGCUAGUCUCCUGUUCAAAUUGCACGGAUUACCAAUCAAGGAGGCUAGGAAUUGGAUACGGCCAGAAAAAGAAUGAUGAGCAAGCAAAACAGUACGUUCAUAUGCUGAACUCUACCUUAACAGCAACAGAAAGAACAAUAUGCUGUAUUCUCGAAAACUAUCAGAGGGAAGAUGGAGUUGAAAUUCCCAAAGUGUUACAGCCCUUGAUGGGUGGGCUAGAGUUUCUCCCAUUCAAGCUAAGCCCAGAAACCAAAUCUAAAAAGACUAAAGCCAAGGGUAACACCGGUUCAUAAGAUGAGAACAGAGCAAGCACAUCUUAUCCAAGAGAUUGACGCAUCUUAUUUUUUGACAUACGAAAUAUUUUGCAUUAGUUUUUGGGCUAAUAUCAAUGUUAACUAUUUACAAUUAUAACAGCAAAACAAUGCCGACUGUUUACAACGAAAUUUUUACAAUUGAGGGUUGAAGUUUGAGUGCGGUUGGGGUUUCCA